CUGAUCACAGUUUUUCGGCCUCGGCUGCAGAGUAAGAAAACAGAAAAUGACGGUACCAAAUCAAAGUGAGUACACGAAUAUAGAGUUGUCCACGCUCGAGAUAGCAAGCACCAAUAAGACAGAUACCAUUUACUCUAUCAAACCGGAUUUUAUAACGCAAUGGCGACAAAAGAAAGAGCGCGAAAAUAUUUGCAAAUCUAUAUUCAAUCGUUUUGUCGAGCACACCGAGUGUAAGCGCCUCUUAGAGGCCGCUCAGCUCUAUCAUCCUUUCAUUGGCGAGAACGGUGAGCUGAGCAUGUGGAACUAUGACGGGGAAAUGGACAUGCUGAUGGCCUACAAUAAUCGUAGCCUGAACCAGAGCCUGUUGGAAGAUUACACGAAUGCUACCACACACGAGCCAACGCCAUCGCAGGUUCUGCCACCUUUUGCGCUCUGGCAGAGCAUACUGAUCGCGUUGUGCUUGUCGAUCUGCAUCAUUCUAACGAUAGGCGGCAACGUGCUUGUGCUGCUCGCUUUCAUUGUGGAUCGGAAUAUUAGACAGCCGAGCAAUUAUUUUAUUGCUUCAUUGGCCGCAACGGAUGUGCUAAUCGGUUCGGUCUCAAUGCCCUUCUACACCAUAUACGUGCUAAUGGGCUACUGGGAUUUGGGUCCGCUGUUGUGUGAUCUUUGGUUGUCUGUAGACUACACAGUGUGUCUGGCAUCGCAGUAUACAGUUCUACUGAUAACCAUCGACCGUUAUUGUUCGGUAAAGAUCGCUGCCAAGUACCGUAGCUGGCGUACGAGAAAACGUGUAAUCUAUAUGGUCACCAUAACCUGGAUCAUACCAGCGCUUUUGUUUUUCAUAUCCAUAUUUGGCUGGGAGCAUUUCACGGGCAAACGUGACCUCUUACCGGGCCAGUGUGCUGUGCAAUUUCUCAAGGAUCCCGUUUUCAAUACAGCGCUUAUUAUUGGCUAUUACUGGACUACACUUGUGGUGUUGUUCGUGCUGUAUGGUGGUAUAUAUCGCACCGCUUACGAAAUGCAGAAACGUAGCGAGGCCAAACAGCGAAAAAUGCAAUCGAUGGUGGCGCUGAGCGCGGGCGCCAUGUCCGGCAUGGCGGGCCAUGCAGCAGGCAUAGGAGUCAUCGAAGAAAAGAUAUUGAAAACCCAGGUAGAGAUCGGCGGCAUAACGAGCAAGGAUGGUAGCAUUUGCAGUGGUGGUAUUAAGCGUGGAUCCGGCCAGAUGAACCCCAUGACGCAAGCAGAAGCCAUCAACGGCACAGUAGCCGAAGCCAUCAAUGAACAACGUCGCAUUUCCGAAUGCAAAACGGAAAACGGCAAGCGUGAUGGAAAUUCAGGUGAAACAGAAAAGAGUGAACGAUCGAGUAGCCCGGCCUUCGAUUCCGAUGAGGAAAGUUCUGUCAAUCAAACGCAGCAAUUGGCUAAUCAGCAAAAACUAGCAAAUCUGCGUAAGCGCUCUUCAAUUGGACUGGUGUUCGGCGCACAGGCGGCGUUGAUAGCUACGCGUAGUAAAGGCAUGGAAGAUUUUGUCAAGCUGCGGCGAGAGAGUUGCAUAGAAGCUAUAAGCCUGCUUACUCUCAGCGAUCAAGCCAAGUUGGGCGAUGAUACGGCGAUCUCCAAAGAUAUACGACGCAGUUCGAGCCCACUGGAGACGCAUACGCGACGCACAUCCACCACAACAGCUGCCGCAGCGCCCUCCGUAACCACCGUGACACUGUCAAUGCAAAAUCAAGUAACGACAACCGUUACUACUGCUGCGCCACCAGCGCAGCUGGAAAAAAUCGAUGAACGCGAAACAUCCGAGGCGACUACAACCAUCAACAAAAACGACGCGAACACGGAAAAAAAUUUAGGUGCCGAUUCCACAGACGCCUGCGCCAGUAGUCUCACACAAAAUGCAAACACUACCAGCACGGUAUUGGUGGCAGGCGCCGGCAUCAGCACGACCUGCGGCAGCAGUAGUAGCACUUCGAAUACCAACAACAAGCCAUCAAGUGUUAAAUCGCACACACAAGCCGGUGGUGAAGUAACCAGCCGAAAUUCAAGUAAACGAGACUUCAUCCAAUCUAUAGGCAAGCAUUUCAAAAGUAAAAAGAAGUUGCCCAUAAUCAGGGGUGGACGACAGAAAUCGAAAUCAGAGAAUCGAGCGCGCAAAGCGUUUCGUACGAUCUCCUUUAUACUCGGCUGUUUCGUGGCGUGUUGGACGCCAUACCAUGUGUUGGCGCUGGUGGAAGGCUUCUGUCGAAAUCCACCCUGCACAAAUGAGCAUCUCUAUAUGUUUUCGUACUUUCUCUGCUAUGCAAAUAGUCCGAUGAACCCAUUUUGCUAUGCGCUCGCGAAUCAGCAAUUCAAGAAGACUUUUACGCGCAUACUCAAAGGAGACUUUCAUAUGACAUAAGGAAUUGUGGCAAGGAAAACGGGAGCCGGUAAGUGUAUGGCCGGUAGGGGGUGGUGGGGGUAUUAGAAAGAAAUGCAGCUCUCUUAAAAUGCGUUUUCGAGUGACCAAGUGUAUGUAUGUAUUUAUAUGCUGUUUUUGAUUUUUCUUAAAGAUUACGAGUACUGAAAUAUAUUUGACAACCACGGUUUGGUGUGACACCUAAUGAGCCCUAGGAACUAUGCACCAGUUGCCGGGGUUGUCAGAUAUGUUGAAAUUUUUGUUUUGUAGAAAACGCUUUUGGAAGAGUUGCUCAUCUCAGCUUUCGUGCAACUAUGAUACAAAACUGCAACGUGCUAGAGGUAUGAGCGAGGAGAGUUUAUGGUGCCAGAGAAAGGGUAUCAUGGAUUAGUAUAAGUUUGCACAGGAGAGCCAUGUAUGUAUAUAUAUAUAUAUGUAUGUACGCGUGUGUGCGAACAAAGGGAAUGCGUGUUUCAGAAGGAUCUUCUUAGUGCAUUAUAGUUGGCUGUAUUGUGCGAGCGGCGCGUCUGAUGAAUUUUUACGUACAUACACUGUAGGUGAUAUGUUAUUGGAGCGUUGCUCGCAUGCCAUA